AUGGAGACAGAGCUUGAAGCACUGAAGUUGAAAGAUUUGAAGGCGAAGAAUCUUUUCCAAGCCAUUGAUCGUUCAAUAUUGGAAACAAUUCUUUGCAAGGAUACGUCAAAGCAAAUUUGGAACUCCAUGAAGAAGAAGUACCAAGGAAAUGCAAGGGCAAAGCGAGCACAACUUCAAACUCUACAAGGUGAGUUUGAGACCUUGCGUAUCAAGCCGGGAAAGUUGGUGUCAAUGUACUUCUCACGCGACAAUUGCCAACAAGAUCGGAUUCAUGGAGAGAGGCUUGAAGACGUCACCAUUGUUGAGAAGAUCAUGCGGUCCAUGUUGCCAAAAUUCAAUUUUGUUAUCUGCUCAAUUGAAGAGUCAAAAGAUCUGGAUACUCUUUCACUUGAUGAAUUACAAAAUUCGUUGAUGGUUCAUGAGCAGAAGAUUGUUCAACAGGAUGUAGAAGAGCAAGCAUUACAAGUAACCACAACCUCCAAAGAUUUUGGGCGCAGAAAGAGCAAGUGGAAGGGAAGAAACUCUGAGAAAACCGAAGAGGGAAAUCUAAAAAAGAAUGGUCAGCAUGAUCAUGAUCAACGACACUCGUCCAAUGGGAAGGCAAGGUUUGCAGAUAAGUCUGAUAUCGAGUGUUAUAGAUGUCACAAGUAUGGUCAUUACCGUUCUAAAUGUCGUACAAAUCUGAAAAAUGUACGUGGAGAGAACUCUAAUUUUGUAGAAGUAACUGAGGAGGAGGAAGAGGUCUCUCUGUUAAUGGUGAGCCAAUCCUCAGAAGAAUACCACACAAUCAAGUUUGGGGAUGAUUCCUGUAUUGCUGUCAAAGGGAAAGGGAAAGUGAAACUCCAAACAAAGUCUUCUUCUAUGCAGAUUAUCUCUGAUGUUUUCUUUACACCAGACCUGAAAAACAAUCUUAUCACUAAGAUAACUGCAAAUAAGCUUUUCCUAAUUGAUAUGCAUAAUAUUGGCUCUACCAAUUUUUGUUUUUCAACAAAGUUGAAUAGUCAAGCAUGGCUUUGGCACUACAGAUAUGGGCAUUUGAAUUUUGGAGGACUGAAAAUGUUGCAGCAAAAGAAGAUGGUUAUGGGUCUUCUUAAGUUUGAUAUUCCUGUAGAUAUUUGUGAAGAUUGUGUCAUUGGAAAGCAAUCUCGCGAUAGCUUUCCAAAAGGAAAAGCAUGGAGAGCUAAAAGGCAGCUAGAGUUGGUUCACUGA